AUGGCGCAGAGUCGUUCACAGAACCAAUCUGGCGCUUCAUUUCACUGCGGAUACUUUGGUUGCAGUAAGACCUUUACGCGUCGCACUGGUGCUCGCCGUCAUGAAACGACCGUCCACGGGGAUAAAAAAUACUGCUGCCAUGAGCCAGAUUGCAAUUACCGUGGUGGAAAACGACGAAACGAUUUCCAAAAGCAUAUGAAAGACAAACAUCCUGGACAUGAUGAUCACUUGUUUAUCCCGGACAACUUCAGUAACGCCCAAGAAAGUCAAUCUUCUGUCGUAAAUUACUGUCAAAGCCCCGAGAUAAAGUAUGCUUCUCAAGCUUCUGAAGUUGUCACCCAAAUGUCUCCACUGCCGAGUAUCGAUUCCGACCCAAGAUUUAAUUCUAUCGAUCUACACAAGAGAUCCCUAGCGCCUACGAUCGUUCCACAACCCUCAGCUGGCAUCUCGCACUUUAACGGCAAUACCAUUAGUUCAAGUACCAUGUCUCUGAGGCCUCUUGAUCUCCGUACCUUUCAGGUUGUCAGUCCACCGCGCUCCGAAUUCGAAUCAACACCAACAACAACUACAGCGAUUGGAAGUGCUUGGGGUCAAGUUCAUCCUUCAACCAUGGGUGAUUUAGGGUCGAUUCUUCAGGACAUAAACGGUGCAGAUGUCGAAAAUGAGUACGAAGCUUAUGAUGGCGAAUAUGAUUUAAGCCGAUACGAACAGCAGGCAAACAGCUAUUUUUACAAAUGGUGA